AUGGCUGAAACUGCAUCUUACUCAGCAGUUGUUACUGGUGGCGCAUCCGGCAUAGGUGAAGCAGUCUGUGCUAAACUCGCAAGUCGUGGUAUCAACAUCCUGAUCGCCGAUAUCCAGGAGGCUCAGGGGCAAGCUUUGGCUACCCAACUCUCAUCGACAUUCUCGGUUCAGGCCAAGUAUCUCCGAGUAGAUAUCACAAAGGAAGAUGAUGUCAAGGUGAUGGUAGAGACUGUUGUAAAAUUAUGGGGUCGAUUGGAUUAUGCUGCUAAUUGUGCUGGGAUAUGUGAGAGCACAUGGGCAGAGGAGAGGAGUGUUACAACGGACGUUGUAGAUAGGACCUUUGCGAUAAAUCAGCGCGGCUUAUGGCUGUGUCAGAAACACGAAGCGCAACAGAUGGAGUCCCAGGAACCACGUGCCGUCAAACUUGAACCUCCAUCAAGGUUCCCAGUGCGAGGUCAGCGCGGAGCUAUAGUAAAUGUCGCAUCGAUAUCCGCUCUGAAUGGUAUGGGUCUUGCGGCAUAUACUCCCACUAAAUUCGCGGUUAUCGGCAUCACGAAGAACGGAGCGAAGUUCUACGGACCUAACGGUGUUCGUUGCAAUGCAAUUUGCCCGGGCUGGACUCUCACACCGAUGCUAGAGAUCUCUAUGGGGGAAGAAGGGUAUGAAGGAAGUAAAGCGAGCGAAGAAAGUGCGGUGUGUUCCAACAUAUCUCUUGGUAGGUUUGCCUUCUCGCAGGAACAGGCGAAUGUCGUCAGUUUCCUGCUCAGCAAUGAGAGCAGUUAUGUGAAUGGAGCUCAUAUCGUCGUUGAUGGAGGGUUCAAUGCUAUUCGUUGA